AUGGCAUCGUCGGAGACACCAAAAGCGCAGCCGUCCCUCGCCCGCUACGACGCCACAGACCCCUCGACCACGCCCGAGAGAUUAGUCGAGAUCAUAAACCGCGACGGCGCGGUCAUAGUAGAGAAGCUGAUCACCCGUGAUCUCGCAGAGGCAAUCAAGAGGGAUCUGAAGCCACACUUCGACCAAGACAUCCCGGACAAGUAUGGCUUCUUCCCGCCGACGACCCAGAGGGCCUCGGGCCUGCUGGGCAUAUCGGACAGCUGCGUCGAGCUGGCGUGCAGCAGGCUCUACACCGACGUCGCCAACAUCCUCGUCUCCUCGUCACACACCUUCUGGAGGGGCGACCGCCAGAAGACGGUCAGCGGGAAGCCCAUCAUCUCCUCGACGGUCGGGUUCCGCGUGAACCCCGGCGGGACGAGGCAGGUGCUGCACCGCGACGACAAUGACUACCACCCGCAUGACAAGAAGUUGCCAGUGAUGAUCGGGUGCGUCACCGCGCUGACCAAGACCACGGCAGCCAACGGCGCCACGGUCCUCAUCCCGGGGUCGCACCUGUGGGGCCCGGAGCGGCGGCCUCUGGACGAGGAGGCUGUCCCUGCUGAGCUCGAGCCCGGCGAUGCGUGCAUCUUCCUCGGGAACACGUAUCACGCCGGCGGAGCAAACAUCACCAAAGACGAGUAUCGUGAGACCGUGGGCAUAUUCCUCUGCCAGCCAACCUUGCGCCCGGCGGAGAACCAGUUCCUCAUGGUCCCCCUGGAAAAGGUCAGGAAGAUGAGGCCGCAGGCCCAGAGGCUUUUGGGAUAUGGCCUAUGUGAGCCAGGCGUUGGUUUCAUGAAGUACCAGGAUCCUAUGAGGGUCUUGUUUGGGGUUGAGGAUGAGGAGACCGUCGACUUCUGA